GACAGACAGACAGACAGACAGACAGACAGACAGACAGACAGACAGACAUAACCCAAGUCCUCAGUUAUGGAGCGAUAACAUGUCAGACAGAUUUCUAUGGGAAGACAUAUUAAGGUGCGUAGUGUGUAGCUGUUUUUCUGGUGAGGUAUAUUGACCAGGCCCUGUCCAGCCCUCCCUCCAGCCCUCCUGUCCAGGUAUGAUAUCAGUAUGACGUUAUCCUUCUCUCUGCCCUGAGAAUGUACGAGGUGAUGCAGGGAGACACUACCACCCUGUCCUGGAGGCUACCCAGCCCAGGCCACAACGACGACCCACAACAGAGCCCCUUCAGUGGGGAGGGAAGGCCCACCAAGAUCCUCAAAGUCUGUUUCUCCACCAACAACACCUUUGGGAAGAACUUCAAACUGGUCAAGUGCGACAGCUCCUGGAAGAUCAGGGCUAUAGUGCAGUCUAUCCUGACCAGUGGUAGGUUGGGCCCUAACAUCCUGUAUAAAGGCUGCUAUGGCCUGCUGCUGAAGCACCUCAAGUCAGACGAGCUCCACUGGCUCCAUCCAGACCUGACCGUGGGGGAGGUGGAGCAACGCUAUGAGAGUCACCACGUGGAGGCCGAGUGGAGGUAUGACCUGAGAGUACGCUACAUUCCAGUCAACUUCCUGGAAAAGUUCAAAGAAGACAGUACCACAUUGCUGUAUUUUUAUCAACAGGUGCGCAGUGACUACAUGCAGUAUCAUGCCAGUAAAGUCAGUGACGGGAUGGCCCUUCAGCUGGGCUGUCUGGAGAUCAGGAGGUUUUAUAAAGAUAUGAACGCUAAAGGUCUGGAGAAGAAGUCCAACUUUGAGUUGCUAGAGAAGGACGUGGGGCUGAACCUGUUCUUUCCACAGGAGCUCAUUGACCGCAUGAAGGCUCGUCCCCUUCGGAAGAUGAUCACGCAGACGUUCCAACAGUACGCUACUCUGAAGGAGGACGAGUGCAUGGUUCGCUUCUUCAAAACGCUCACAGAAUUCAUCAACAUUGACGAGGAGGUCUACCCCUGCGAACUGGUGCAAGGCUGGAGUCUGUCAGUAGAGCUGGUGAUUGGAGCCAGGGGCAUUCGCCAACGCACCCAUAAAGACUCAGCGGCUGUGUGUCUAGCGGACUUCAAACAGAUCAAGAGCAUCAAGUGUUUAUCUCAGAGUGACGGCAAAGCCCUCCUCAACCUGGACAUAGACGGAGCCAGACAGCCUCUGUCUAUCAACGUGACUAAGUUUGCGAUAGCAGAAAACAUGGUGGACCUUAUUGACGCUUACUGUCGCUUGGAGCACGCCACUGACGAGUCGUUCAUCGCUAGACCAAAUAAAGAUGCCAAUUUACGAAGUUCCCUACCAGACCUACCCACGAAUCAAACAGAGAACACAGGCUCCUUCAGAUAUAGCAUGGAAUCUGAUAUCUACGCUGAGAUUGACGAACGCCCAAAGUCUGUGGUGAAGUAUGGAAUCGACCGACAUGACAUUGUUCUGGGACGGAUCCUUGGCGAGGGGUUUUUCGGGGAGGUCUAUGAAGGAAUGUACAAAAAAUCGAAUGGGGAGAGGCUAAGCGUGGCGGUGAAGACUUGUAAAGACUGUUCACCUGACGUCAUGGAGAAGUUCAUGAGUGAAGCAGUGAUCAUGAAGAACCUGAACCACCCCCACAUCGUCAGUCUGAUCGGCGUCAUUGAGGAAGACCCCGUCUGGAUCGUCAUGGAGCUCUACCAGUAUGGAGAACUUAAGAACUACCUGACAGAGAACCAGAACAAGCUGACCAACAUAACGCUAGUUCUCUUCAGCCUGCAGAUCUGUAAAGCUCUAGUCUACCUAGAGGGAAUCAACAUGGUGCACAGAGACAUAGCGGUGAGGAACGUGCUGGUGGCCACAGCAGACUGUGUUAAGCUGGGAGACUUUGGCCUGUCCAGAUACAUCGAGGACGAAGAAUAUUACAAAGCCUCUGUGACUCGAUUACCUAUCAAAUGGAUGGCUCCAGAAUCCAUCAACUUCAGGCGAUUCACCACGGCAAGCGAUGUUUGGAUGUUCGCGGUGUGUAUAUGGGAGAUCCUGAGCCAGGGACAGCAGCCUUUCUUCUGGUUGGAGAACCGUGAUGUCAUCAACCAGCUGGAGCAGGGCAUCAGACUUCCCAAACCUGACAACUGCCCCCCUGCCCUCUACUCCCUCAUGACCCGCUGCUGGUCCUACGACCCCCGCGACAGACCCUCCUUCACCGAGCUGGUCGUCAAGAUCAGCGACGUCCAUCGGAUGGAGAAGGAGCAGGAGGUGGAGAGAGAGAGAGACAGACAGCGCUCCACCAAGUUCUACGACACCAAGAUCAACUUCAACGAACCUCCCCCUAAGCCCUGCAGGAUGAAAUAUGGGAGUCGUUUUGGGAACAGUAUCGGUCUGCACAUUCAGCUGAAUGAGGCCCUGUGUGCCAGCUCUCCAGACCUGGUCAGUCCAUGUGACUACACCACUCCUGUUGACUCCAUGACCAACACCUUGAUGGUGCCCACGGUGUCUCCACGACGACGCAGCAUGGGGGAGGGAGAGUUGAUCGUGGAGCCAUCCAGUAAGGAGGACGCCCAGCGGUUGUGGCAGAUGGAGAGACAGCGUAUGCAGGAGACGAUGAGACAACAGAAACAACAGAUGAUGGAGGACAACAAGUGGCUGACCAAGGAGGAAAGACUCCUGGACCCAAUGGGACAGGAGGACACCACCAACCCACAGUCACCCGAACCAGAGACUGGACAUGCCAUGCCAGACAAGCCCCUGCAUCUCACCGGCCCCACAGCCCAGGCACCCCCUACAUCCCAGGCACCCCCUACAUCCCAGGCACCCUCUACAACCCAGGCCCCCCCUACAUCCCAGGCCCGCCCUACAUCCCAGGCCCGCCCUACAGCAGAGCUGGACCGGUCAGAUGACCAGGUGUACCAGGCAGUCAUGGAGCUGGUCCAGGUGGUGGUGCAGCUGAAGAACAACGUCAACACACUACAGCCCGAGGAGUACAUCACCAUCAUCAAGUCUGUGGGGCUGACCUUAAGGAGUCUGAUACGCAGUGUGGAUGAUAUUCUACCCACCCUCCAUAAGUCCAUUAGGACAGAGAUUGAGGGGACCCAGAAGCUCUUGAACAACGACAUGGCAGAGUUGAUCAGUAAAAUGCGUCUGGCCCAGCAGAACGCUGUCACCUCUCUGAAGGAGGAGUGUAAGAAACAGAUGCUGACUGCAGCACACAACCUGGCCAUGGAUGGGAAGAACCUCCUGGAUGCUGUGGACCAGGCCAGGGUCAGGGCCAACCUGGCCAAGCCCAAACCGGAGAGCCCAUAGUGGGGUAAAUACCCACAGGACACCCCCUCUUGGAGUGACUUGGCAGUACAGUGGUCAAGGUUUCCUUUUAAAUUGAAUUAGUGUGUCAGGAUUAUCUGUAUCAUCUCAUGUCUUGAAUUUUAUCGGUGUUUUAAAUAGUCUGUUUAGGUAUCCAGGUGAAUUUACUUCUGGGUUAUUUUCAUAUGUUUCCAAUAAUGCUGGCCAGAUCAAUUGAUUUAUUAAUAGCAUAUGUGUUAUAGGGAAAGAAUGGCGGGGUUGAAAAGUAACAAAGGGGAGUAUAUAUAUAUAUAUAUAUAUAUAUA